AUGAUCUUGGCCACCAUCAUCGCCAACUGUAUUGUGCUGGCACUGGAGCAGCACCUGCCUGACGGGGACAAGACACCCAUGUCUGAGCGGCUGGCCGUUUCCCAUGCUGACCUUCCCAGUGCACCCCCGUGGUCCAGUUCCCUGGGGCUCACCUGCACCAAGGCUCUCUAUGCCACCAUCCCCAAGAUCCUGGCCACAGCGGGCACUGACUUCGACCUGCGGACCCUGCGGGCCGUGCGUGUGCUCAGGCCCCUGAAGCUGGUGUCUGGGAUUCCGAAUCCAGAGCCAGUGGGUGACUUUCCCUGUGGCAAGGAGGCCCCAGCCCGGCUGUGUGAGGGCGACACCGAGUGCCGGGAGUACUGGCCGGGACCCAACUUUGGCAUCACCAACUUUGACAAUAUCCUGUUUGCCAUCUUGACAGUGUUCCAGUGCAUCACCAUGGAGGGAUGGACUGACAUCCUUUAUAACACAAAUGAUGCAGCCGGCAACACCUGGAACUGGCUCUACUUCAUCCCUCUCAUCAUCAUCGGCUCCUUCUUCAUGCUCAACCUGGUGUUGGGUGUGCUCUCAGGAGAGUUUGCCAAGGAGCGUGAGAGGGUCGAGAACCGCCGGGCCUUCCUGAAGCUCCGCCGGCAGCAGCAGAUUGAGCGGGAGCUCAAUGGGUACCUGGAAUGGAUCUUCAAGGCUGAGGAAGUCAUGCUGGCUGAGGAGGACAAGAAUGCGGAGGAGAAGUCCCCUCUGGAUGCUGCACGGCCGCCACCUUCCGCGGGGUCCUGGGCAGACCCGUUCUGGAGGUCGCCGCAUGCUCCCGGGCAGUUGCGUGCCGUGGACCAGAGUGGAGAGCGGGCUGCUUGGCAGCGGGCCACAGUCCUGGCCUUGUCCUUACAGACGUCUCCUGGUCUCCCUGGUAGCCAGGCCUUCCCCACUGACAUCAUCGCGGAGAAGAGGGGAAUGUUGAAGAGAGCAGCCACCAAGAAGAGCCGGAAUGACCUGAUCCAUGCCGAGGAGGGGGAGGACCGGUUUGCAGACCUCUGUGCUGUUGGAGGUACAGUGCCCUCUGCCCUCUGCUGCGUGCUCAGCGUUUUUCCCCCCGGUGCCGGCAGUGGAGUGAGCGGUGUGUUUGCCCAGCGCUUCCUGCCCUUUCCCAUCGGUGCAGCCCCGGCUGCUCUCGGCUCUACCACCCCCAACGUGGACACAGAGCCUCGGGCCGCACCCCGGUCCCCCUUCGCCCGCGCCAGCCUCAAGAGUGGGAAGACAGAGAGUUCGUCAUACUUCCGUAGGAAGGAGAAGAUGUUCCGGUUCUUCAUCCGCCGCAUGGUGAAGGCACAGAGCUUCUACUGGGUGGUGCUGUGUGUGGUGGCCCUGAAUACGCUGUGCGUGGCCAUGGUUCACUACAACCAGCCGCAGCGGCUCACCACGGCGCUGUACUUUGCAGAGUUUGUUUUCCUGGGUCUCUUCCUCACAGAGAUGUCCCUGAAGAUGUAUGGCCUGGGGCCCAGAAGCUACUUCCGGUCCUCAUUCAACUGCUUCGACUUUGGGGCCUCAGUUCCUGGUCACGGGGGCCUCUCCUCAUGUCCCACAACACAGCAGCUGGCUGCCCGCAGCAGAGCUGAGAGCAUGGAGAAGGAAGCCAGUCUUUGGAACCGAAUCUCAGAGGUCAUUGUGGGGAGCAUCUUUGAAGUGGUCUGGGCCGCCAUCAAGCCGGGAACCUCCUUCGGGAUCAGCGUGCUGCGGGCACUCCGGUUGCUGCGGAUCUUCAAAGUCACAAAGUACUGGAGCUCCCUGCGGAACCUGGUGGUGUCUCUGCUCAACUCCAUGAAGUCUAUCAUCAGCCUCCUUUUCCUGCUGUUCCUGUUCAUCGUGGUCUUUGCCCUGCUGGGCAUGCAGCUGUUCGGGGGACAGUUCAACUUUCAAGAUGAGACCCCGACAACCAACUUUGACACCUUCCCCGCGGCCAUCCUUACCGUCUUCCAGGGCUUUGGCAGCCCUGAUGCCCCUGUGGCUGUCCUCACCUGUGUGGGAAGUCCUCUGAGAGUGUCCGUGGCUGUGGUUCGUGUGGGGAAGCGGCCCCUGGCCUCGGUGUCCUGUCCUCUGGUCUCUGCUGGAGCCCUGAGCAGCCUUGCCAACGAGGCAGUGCCCUGGCAUAUGGGGGGCCUCCCUGCCAGACUGGGGCCUGACCAGCAUCAGUCGUCGCUGUCGGCCUCAUACAAAGCCGGCUGCUCCUCAGGCCUCGCACUGGCGGGAAUAGCCGCAGCCUGGGCCGAGGGCUGGAGCCAACCAGACACUCUGCUGAAUGUCUUCCUGGCCAUCGCCGUGGACAACCUCGCCAACGCUCAGGAGCUGACCAAGGAUGAAGAGGAGAUGGAAGAAGCAGCCAAUCAGAAGCUUGCUCUGCAAAAGGCCAAAGAAGUGGCUGAAGUGAGCCCCAUGUCUGCCGCAAACAUCUCUAUUGCUGCUGCGGAGCCACGCUGUGACCUGGAGGCCAGUGAGAUGAUGGGUGUGGGCCCUGUACAUGCACUGCCCAGCACCUGCCUACAGAAGGUGGAGGAACAGCCAGAAGAUGCAGACAAUCAGCGGAAUGUCACACGGAUGGGCAGUCAACCCUCGGACCUGAGUGCCACUGUGCAUAUCCCGGUGACGCUGACCGGCCCUCCUGGGGAGACCACGGUUGUUCCCAGUGGUAACGUGGACCUGGAAAGCCAAGCUGAAGGGAAGAAGGAGGUAGAAGCCGAUGACGUGAUGAGGAGUGGCCCCCGACCUAUCGUCCCGUACAGCUCCAUGUUCUGCUUAAGCCCCACCAACCUGCUCCGCCGCUUCUGCCAUUACAUCGUGACCAUGCGGUACUUUGAGAUGGUCAUUCUUGUGGUCAUCGCCCUGAGCAGCAUUGCCCUGGCAGCCGAGGAUCCUGUGCGGACAGACUCGCCCAGGAACAACGCUCUGAAAUACAUGGACUACAUUUUCACAGGCGUCUUUACCUUUGAGAUGGUGAUAAAGAUGAUUGAUUUGGGACUGCUGCUGCACCCUGGGGCCUACUUCCGGGACCUGUGGAAUAUUCUGGACUUCAUCGUGGUCAGUGGGGCCUUGGUGGCAUUUGCCUUCUCGAGCUUCAUGGGAGGAUCCAAAGGGAAAGACAUCAACACCAUCAAGUCCCUGAGAGUCCUGCGCGUCCUGCGGCCCCUCAAGACCAUAAAACGGCUGCCGAAGCUUAAGGCCGUGUUUGACUGUGUGGUGAACUCCCUGAAGAACGUCCUUAACAUCCUGGUUGUCUAUAUGCUCUUCAUGUUUAUAUUUGCUGUCAUUGCGGUGCAGCUCUUCAAAGGGAAGUUUUUCUACUGCACGGAUGAGUCCAAGGGGCUGGAGAGGGACUGCCGGGGUCAGUAUUUGGAUUAUGAGAAGGAGGAAGUGGAAGCUCAACCACGGCAGUGGAAGAAAUACGAUUUUCACUAUGACAAUGUGCUCUGGGCUCUGCUGACACUGUUCACAGUGUCCACGGGAGAAGGGUGGCCCAUGGUCCUGAAACACUCUGUGGAUGCCACCUAUGAGGAGCAGGGCCCAAGCCCCGGGUACCGCAUGGAGCUAUCCAUCUUCUAUGUGGUCUACUUUGUGGUCUUCCCCUUCUUCUUCGUCAAUAUCUUUGUGGCCUUGAUUAUCAUCACCUUCCAGGAGCAGGGGGACAAGGUGAUGUCUGAGUGCAGCCUGGAGAAGAACGAGAGGGCUUGCAUUGACUUUGCCAUCAGCGCCAAGCCCCUGACACGGUACAUGCCCCAGGACAAGCAGUCAUUCCAGUACAAGACGUGGACGUUUGUCGUGUCUCCACCCUUUGAGUACUUCAUCAUGGCCAUGAUUGCCCUCAACACAGUGGUGCUGAUGAUGAAGUUCUACAAUGCACCCUAUGAAUACGAGCUGAUGUUGAAAUGCCUGAACAUUGUGUUCACAUCCAUGUUCUCCAUGGAAUGCGUGCUGAAGAUCAUCGCCUUUGGGGUGCUGAACUAUUUCAGAGAUGCCUGGAAUGUCUUUGACUUUGUCACUGUGUUGGGAAGUAUUACUGAUAUUUUAGUAACAGAGAUUGCGAACAACUUCAUCAACCUCAGCUUCCUACGCCUCUUCCGUGCUGCCCGGCUCAUCAAGCUGCUCCGCCAAGGCUACACCAUCCGCAUCCUGCUGUGGACCUUCGUCCAGUCCUUCAAGGCCCUGCCUUACGUGUGUCUGCUCAUCGCCAUGCUUUUCUUCAUCUAUGCCAUCAUUGGCAUGCAGGUAUUUGGAAAUAUUGCCCUGGAUGAUGACACCAGCAUCAACCGGCACAACAACUUUCGAACAUUUUUACAAGCCUUGAUGCUGUUGUUCAGGAGUGCCACUGGGGAGGCCUGGCACGAGAUCAUGCUGUCUUGUCUCAGCAACCAGGCCUGUGAUGAGCACGCCAAUGCCAAUGAGUGUGGGAGCGACUUUGCCUACUUUUACUUCGUCUCCUUCAUCUUCCUUUGCUCCUUUCUGGCUGAUUCCAUGUUGAUGGUCCUUGGGCGCAUCAGUUACAAUGACAUGUUUGAGAUGCUGAAACACAUGUCCCCACCCCUGGGGCUGGGGAAGAAAUGCCCUGCUCGAGUUGCAUACAAGCGCCUGGUUCGCAUGAACAUGCCCAUCUCCAAUGAGGACAUGACUGUCCACUUCACGUCCACGCUGAUGGCCCUCAUUCGGACCGCACUGGAGAUCAAGCUGGCUCCAGCUGGCACAAAGCAGCAUCAGUGUGAUGCGGAGUUGAGGAAGGAGAUUUCCUCCGUGUGGGCCAAUCUGCCCCAGAAGACCCUGGAUUUACUGGUGCCACCUCAUAAACCUGACGAGAUGACAGUGGGGAAAGUCUAUGCAGCUCUGAUGAUAUUUGACUUCUACAAACAGAACAAGACCACCAGAGACCAGAUUCACCAGGCCACUGGAGGCCUAUCCCAGAUGGGCCCUGUGUCCCUCUUCCACCCUCUGAAGGCCACCCUGGAGCAGACACAGCCGGCCGUGCUCCGAGGAGCCCGGGUGUUCCUUCGGCAGAAGAGCUCUGCGUCCCUCAGCAACGGUGGGGCAGUACAAACCCAAGAGAGUGGCAUCAAGGAGUCUGUCUCCUGGGGCACUCAGAGGACCCAGGAGGUACCCUAUGAGGCAAGGACACCCCUGGAGCGUGGCCACUCUACAGAGAUCCCGGCGGUGCAUCCAGGAAAACCGGCUGUUGAUGUCCAGAUGCAGAGCAUGGCCCUGAGAGGUCCUGACGGGGAGCCCCAACCUGGGCUGGAGAGUCAGGGACGAGCGGCCUCCAUGCCCCGCCUGGCUGCAGAGACCCAGCCAUGGCCCACCCAGUGA